CCGCUCUGCUCAGUGCGCGGGGUCCCGGCUCUGCUGUAUACGCUGCGGUCCAGCCGCCUGACCGGGAGGCACAAGGGCGACGUCAGUUUCCCAGGCGGCAAGUGCGACCCGGCUGACCAAGACGUGGUGCACACGGCCCUGCGGGAAACCCAGGAGGAACUGGGCCUGGCAGUGCCCGAGGAGCACGUGUGGGGCCUGCUGCGGCCUGUGUAUGAUCCGCAAAAGGCCACCGUGGUGCCAGUGCUUGCUGGUGUGGGCCCACUGGAUCCCCAGAGCCUCAGGCCCAACUCGGAGGAGGUGGAUGAGGUGUUUGCACUCCCGCUAGCCCACCUGCUGCAGACGCAGAAUCAGGGCUAUACCCACUUCUGCCAGCGUGGCCACUUCCGCUACACACUACCUGUCUUCCUGCAUGGACCACACCGGGUCUGGGGCCUCACAGCUGUCAUCACCGAGUUUGCCCUGCAGCUGCUGGCACCUGGUACCUACCAGCCCCGCCUGGCUGGCCUGAGCUGGCCAGGGGCUGAGGGCCUGGCCCACCCUCAGCAGCCCCUGGUUUCACCCUGCCAGGCCAGCUCCACUUCAGGACUGAAUAAAGGCCUUUGACAGCUCUA